GCUUUCUCUUUUUCGUCGUCGUCUAUGCCAUCCCCUCAAGUCCCAGUUAGUAUAUAUAAGUAGCAAGGAACGCUCUAUUCUUGCACCAAAAACUCAAAAAGAAAGAGAGAGAGAGAAAAAAAAGUAUAGCAUCAGCCCUUAACCAUGGCUCCCCUCAAUUAUCUUGUAGUAGCAUUCCCAGGCCAAGGCCUCAUCAACCCAGCCCUCCAAUUUGCCAAGCGUCUUCUAAACGCGGGCGCUCGUGUCACCUUCGCCACCGCCUCGUUGGCUUACCGCCGCAUGGCCAAGUCUGACCCACCCGAAGGUUUGUCCUUUGCCUCCUUCUCCGACGGCUCCGAGGAGGGGCUCAGGCCUGGGAUCGACUUCGAGCAGUACAUGGCCGACGUAGAGCGACUGGGUUCGGAAACUCUAAGAGACCUUGUCGUUACUAGCCUCAGCGAUGGCCGCAAAUUCGCGUGCAUAUUUUAUACCACGGUCAUUCCUUGGGUCGCUCAGGUGGCCCAUUCUCUUCAAAUCCCCUCAACACUCAUUUGGGCUCAGCCUGCAGCCCUUCUUGAUAUAUAUUACUACUAUUUCAAUGGUUAUGGUGAUAUUAUCAGAAACCUAGGUAAGGACGAUCCUUCGGCAUCACUCCACUUACCGGGAUUGCCGCGUCUAACUUGCCGCGAUGUCCCCUCAUUUUUGACACCCGAAAACCAAUAUGCUUUUACUCUGCCUCUAAUGCAAGUGCAGUUUGAAGUAUUCAAGGAAGAGAAGAAUCCAAGAGUACUUGCGAACACUUUCGAUGCGCUAGAGCCUGAAGCAUUAAAAGCCAUUGGCAACAUUACCAUGUUCGGGAUUGGUCCGCUAAUUCCUUCCGCGUUCUUGGACGGACAAGAUCCCCUGGAUAAAUCCUUCGGAGGCGAUCUCUUCCAGGGUUCGAAAGAUUACGUCCGGUGGCUAGACACCAAGCCCAAAGGUUCGGUGACCUAUAUAUCAUUCGGAAGCAUCUCCGUGCUGUCCAAGGAACAAAAGGAAGAGAUGGCGCGGGGGUUACUAGGCACUGGCCGUCCGUUCUUGUGGGUGAUUAGGAAGGACAAAGAACAGGAAGGAGAGGGAGAUGAAGAACAAUUGAGCUGUAUGGAGGAAUUGGAGCAAAAGGGAAUGAUAGUGCCAUGGUGCUCUCAAGUGGAGGUGCUCUCCCAUGCUUCAGCAGGCUGCUUUGUGACUCACAGUGGUUGGAACUCAACCUUUGAGAGCUUGGCUUGUGGGGUCCCAAUGGUGGCAUUCCCACAAUGGGGUGACCAGCAAACCAAUGCCAUGCUGGUUGAGAAUGAAUGGAAGGUUGGGGUGAGGGUGAACACGAACGAGAGAGGCAUCGUGGAAGGAGAUGAGAUCAAAAAGUGCUUGGAAUUGGUGAUGGGCGAUGGAGAAAAGGGGGAGGAAAUCAGAAGGAAUGCCAGGAAGUGGAAGGGACUGGCAAGAGCAGCUGCCAAAGAAGGUGGUUCGUCGGAUAGGAAUCUCAAGGCAUUCUUGGAGGAGAUCCAAAUGGAAGCAGAUGGUCACUAGAAUGCUAGUACUUCACCUGUUAUUCCUUUGCUUUUGUAUUUCUACCUGGUUUUAUAUUUGUAACAUCUUGUGGAAAAUUAGGUUUAUGUUUCUGCAAGUGAAUAAACUCUCAUGUAUAACAACAACGAGAUGUAUUGCCGUAAUAGGAGGUUGUCUAUUCAUUUUGGAGCU